CAUGAUGCCCAUCACUGAUGGGAACCAGAAGAACCAGUGUGCAUCCAUCCAUCCUCCUGCUGCCACUCACUCCACUAAAACCAGAGUUGUUUUCUUGUCACAGGUUAGCUCUGGGCUUGAAUGUUCCUCCGUGGGUGCAGGAACAGCCAUCCUCUUGGGGCUCUAAGUGACUGGCAGCUCCCAGUUCACUCUCUUAGCACUGGAUUGGAUCUCUUGAAGAGGUUUGGACACCAUGAAGAUCUUUUCAUGGUGGCUGACUGACUGCAUUUGCUAAUGGGAUAUAAGGCAGCGCCCUCUGCCCAACUUCAGUGACUUUUGCUGGUGGGCCUCGUCAGCAUGACUCACCAUUCAUCAAUGGCGCCCUUGGCAGGAACUGAGGGACAGUGGCAACCAUGCCUCCCCCUGCUCCAGCUACUCCUUCCACCUUCUGCUAACCUGGAUGUUGUGGGUACCCUGGUGACCCCCAGAGGACUGAUCGUCUGAGCCAGCUUCCAUCUAAGCACUGAGUUCCUCAAGAUGUGGCUGGAGGGGCUGGUGGUCUGGAGCUGGUCUCUGGAUGGCCUGAGGGACUGUAUUGCCACCGGCAUCCAGUCUGUACGGGACUGUGACAGCACAGCUGUUGUCACUGUGGUCUGCCUGCUGGUCAUGUUUGUGUGGUACUGUUACCAUGUGGGCCGAGAACAGCCCCGACCCCAUGUGUCCGUCAACUCCCUCCUGCAGGGAGUGGAUGCCAAUGGGCUACAGAAUGGGUCCAUGUACUGCCAGUCUCCUGAGUGCGUGCGCUGCAUGCACCACGAUGGUCUCAAUCAGAAGCUUUACCACAACCUGCAGGAAUAUGCCAAGCGGUACUCAUGGUCCGGUAUGGGCCGCAUCCACAAGGGCAUCCGGGAGCAGGGCCGCUACCUCAGCAGCCAGCCCUCCAUCCAGAAGCCUGAGGUCUUCUUCCUGCCUGAUCUCCCCACUACGCCCUACUUCUCCCGGGACGCCCAGAAGCACGAUGUGGAGCUGUUGGAGCGGAACUUCCAGGCCAUCCUCUGCGAGUUUGAGACACUCUACAAGGCCUUCUCUAAUUGUAGCCUCCCACAGGGGUGGAAAGUGAACAGUACCCCCAGCGGGGAGUGGUUCACCUUUGACUUUGUCAACCAGGGCGUUUGUGUCCCCAGGAACUGCAGGAAGUGCCCACGGACGUACCGCUUGCUCGGCAGCCUCCGGACCUGUAUUGGAAACAAUGUUUUUGGGAAUGCCUGCAUCUCGGUGCUGAGUCCUGGGACUGUGAUCACGGAGCACUAUGGACCCACCAACAUCCGCAUCCGGUGCCACCUAGGUCUGAAGACUCCCAAUGGCUGUGAGCUGGUGGUGGGGGGUGAGCCCCAGUGCUGGGCGGAAGGUCGCUGCCUGCUCUUCGACGACUCUUUCCUGCACACUGCAUUCCAUGAAGGUUCCGCUGAGGAUGGCCCACGGGCGGUCUUCAUGGUGGAUCUCUGGCACCCCAACGUGGCAGCUGCCGAACGGCAGGCCCUGGAUUUCAUCUUUGCUCCAGGACGAUGAGGACGUUGCCUGGGCUGGAGCCAGGCUGAGUGGGGCCCAGGUGGACUGUGGGACAGCCCAGUCCCUGUCGUGGUCCAUACUGGAAGCGUGAGUGGCCUCCUGUCCCCAUGGGAGCCCUCUUUCCUUUGGUUACUAGGAACUUCUUAGGUUUCUUUCCCCUUCCAGUUAUCUACUGGGACUUCUGGCCUAUUAGUGUGUCCCUUUGGCUGUGACCAGAGACUCUGUACCCCUCAAGUCUGUGACUUUGCUACCUGAUGUUUUCUCUGUGUUCUGGAAUAGAGUAACCAAAUGGC